AUGCUUCGCGGACUUCUCCCAAGCUUCGUCGCCGAAGGUGUCUGGCCCGAGCAUAGAACAAGCUGGAAAGUCCAUCCAACCUCGUAUCUGGACGGGUUGCGUGGCAUCGCGUCGAUCUUGGUCUUCUUCUGCCAUUAUACCGAGGAGAACCACCAGUAUCUGCUCCCUCCGCACGGCCUCAACCCGGACUUCAAGCCAUCGUCAGUCAUUCAACUGCCUUUCCUCCGCAUCAUCUUCUCGGGCCGGCCGAUGGUCCACAUAUUCUUCGUCAUAUCAGGCUUCGUUCUCUCUUACAAGCCCAUCCGGUCCAUUCACGCCCGCAAUUUUGACGCAUGUUUCUCGGCCUUGUCCUCCUCGGCCUUCAGGCGGCCUUUUCGCCUGUUUGGUCCCUGCGUUGUGUCUACUUUCAUCAUCGCGCUUUUGAUACAGUCCGGAUGGCUGUAUACGCCGAUGCCGUCCAUGUCGGCACAGUUUUGGGCUUGGGUUGACGCUCUGUUCCACAGCGUUAUGUGGCCUUGGGGAUGGGAUUUUGACCUUCGUCCGGGUUACGAUGUCCACCUUUGGACCAUCCCAAUCGAAUUCGCACACUCGAUGCUCUUGUUCCUCGUCAUACUGGUCUUGUCACGAGUUCGACAGCUGAUCCGGCAGUCUGCGGUUUUCUGUUUGAUGGUGUACUUCCUCGCAUGUGGGAAAUGGGCAGCAUUCGAGUUUAUUGGGGGAAUGUUCCUUGCUGAAAUUCACCUGUCGCAAGCCACCGGUCCGAAGAAGUGGGAGUUUUCCGACGUGUCAACAACUUAUCCGCAAAGACGCUCGUUCGCAGGACUGGUCCGGGCAGGGCUUCAUGUGAGCAUUCUCAUCAGUGCCUUGCUUAUUGGAGGAUGGCCAAACUUCGAUGCCGACAAGACGCCCGGCAUACGCUACCUCUUGGCCAACACGCCGAACCCGUUUGCGACAAUGGACGAUUUAGCACCUCAAAAGUUCUGGUUCGCCGUUGCGGCCAUCUUCACUGUGUGGUCCUGCGGAGAGCUCAGCCCUGUCCGCCGUUUUCUAGAGGGCCGUUUCCCUCAGUACUGUGGACGUAUCAGUUACGCCGUCUACAUUGUCCACGGCCCCGUACUCGCCAUGUUUCAGGACUAUGUCGUUGGCAUCACAUACACGCCUGCAACGGCCGACCCUAGCUACCCCGAUUUCCGGCCAGCUCUUCCUACGGCGGGCAUCAAAGGACUGGUUGGAGUAGAUGGUCCAACACAGCAGACGAUCAGUUGGCUUGCGGGGCUGCUCAUACUCGGGCCUUUGGUCAUAUGGGCGGCUGAUAUAUUCUGGAGACUCGUGGACGUGCCCAUCGUCGCUCUUGCAAAGGGAUUUGAGUCGGCAUGCUUAGAGAACAAUGAGCAGAGCACACGGGACCAAGACUAUUAUUCCCUUGCAGGAUAA